CUCCUCCUCUACACCGAGAUGAACGAGGAGUCGGAGGAGUUGCAACUGCUUGAGGAGGUGCAGGAGGCCGAGGAGCAGGAGAAGCAGGAGGAGGACAUGCAGCAACAGGAGGGAGAGCAGGAGGAGGCGCAGCAGCAGGAGGUGGAGACAGAGGAGGAGGAGUCACAUGAGAAAGAGGAGCAGAAGAGUGAGGACACGCAGCAGGACGAGGAGGAGGAGGUGCAGCAGAUAGAGAACACUCAACAGGAGAAGGAGCAGCACACACAGGGGAUUCAACAGGAGGAGGAACACACAAAGGAGAUGUCAGACACUGAGGAAGUGCAGGACUUUGUGGAUGCUCUGGAGCAGAAUCACAACAACCAGGUCCUGAUGAGACUCAGAGGAAUGCAGAAAUACAAAAAUACAUCAAUGAGGCUGAAGGGGGUCAUGGAGCAGAUGGACCGCGGUGUGGUGGACCUGCCAGAGCUCCGCAGGAACCUGGAGCUCGCUGCUGCCAUGUUGGAUGCUGUUUACACCGAUGAGACCAAGCGUCUGUUGGACACUGAGGACGAGCUCAGUGACUUGCAGGCGGAGUCGGUGCCCAGCGAAGUCCGUGAUUGGCUGGCAUGCACUUUCAGCAGGAGGAUGGGCGUGGCCAAACGUCGUCCUGAGGAAAAGCCAAGAUUCAGGAGCAUUGUGCAUGCAGUGCAAGCUGGGAUAUUUGUGGAGAGGAUGUACAGACGGACAUCCAACAUGGCCGGUCUGACCUACCCUCCCACCGCUCUAACAGCUCUGAAGGAAGUGGAUCAGUGGUCCUUCGAUGUCUUUUCCUUUCACGAGGCAACCGGAGACCACGCCCUCAAGUUCCUGGUCUACGACCUUCUGACCCGCUAUGACCUCAUCAACAGGUUCAGGAUCCCGGUUCAGGCUCUGGUGCAGUUUGUUGAAGCUCUGGAGAAUGGUUACAGUAAACACAGGAACCCCUACCACAACCUGAUCCACGCCGCUGAUGUCACUCAGACCGCCCACUUCCUGAUGCUGCACACUGGGCUCAUGCACUGGCUCAGCGAGCUGGAGAUUCUUGCAAUGGUUUUUGCGGCAGCAAUUCACGACUUUGAACACACAGGAACCACCAACAAUUUUCAUAUCCACACCAGGUCAGAGGUUGCCAUCCUGUACAAUGAUAGGUCAGUGCUGGAGAACCAUCAUGUCAGCGCCGCGUACAGGCUGAUGGCAGAGGAUGAUAUGAACAUCCUGGUCAACCUGAACAAGGACGACUGGAGGGAGCUGAGGGCUCUGGUGAUAGAGAUGGUGAUGUCCACAGACAUGUCCUGUCACUUCCAGCAGAUCAAGACCAUGAGAAACACCCUGACACAGACACACGGUAUAGACAAAGUGAAGGUUCUGUCUCUGAUGCUUCACGCUGCAGAUAUCAGUCAUCCUGCUAAAGCCUGGCCAUUACACUACCGCUGGACUCACAGUCUGAUGGAGGAGUUCUUUAGACAGGGAGAUAAAGAGGUGGAGCUCGGCCUUCCUUUUUCUCCACUCUGCGACCGCAAAGCUACCAUGAUUGCCCAAUCACAGAUAGGUUUCAUAGACUUCAUUGUGGAGCCAACCUUCAGUGUUCUGAUCGACACCACAGAGAAGGUGAUUGGUCCUCUGAUAGAAGAGGACAGGAGGGCCAGGGAGACUGGAAACAGGAGGUCCAGUCUCACAGGAAGUGGUUCUGUUACCGUGGAGUCUGUGCAGAGACAUAGUAGCGGUCGCCACGGGAACAGUGACGAUGGACAGAUGGACUUUUCCCUAACAGCCAUUGACCUGCCGGCUCUGAGGCUCCACCUCUCCGGUGUCAUCGCCAGCAACAAGGACCGAUGGAAAGAGCUGUCUGUGCACGAACUGGCCAAUAAGGAGCGAGAAGACCAAGAAUCUCACAUCAACUCAGGCAUUCAAUCACAUGCCUCACCCAGCCACAAUGUCCCUGAUGGUCACACCUCUAACCAAUCACAGAAUUCAGAUGGCUCCCCACCUGAUGAAACAAAUGACAACAAGUCACCUGAUCAUCUGGCCUGGAACGGAGCGGGGCCACGGGAGGAAAAGGAGGAUGACAAUGAAGUGCCUGAAAACGCCUGA